AUGUUGCUCGACGAGGAUCCCGCGACACUCAUCCACCACACCAUCGGCAACUUCAAUAUCCAACCCGACAAACAGGCCGUCACGCGCAUCAAUGACUCGCUAUCUACCUUGCAACAAUCUCGCGAGCUCCGCAUGCGCGAUGCCGAGUCGGCGCUCCGUAAACUCUCUCGCAACCUGCACGCCCUGAACGCGCAACAUGAGGAAGCCGUGUCCGCGCACGACUCGGCGAAGCACGCCGCGCAGAUGGUUGAGCUCGAUACGAAGAAAUUCCGGAUCGCCAAGGCCGCAACAGAACUUGAGAUUGAGAGCGAGAGGCUGGAAGGCGAGCUGGAAAUGCUCAAGGAAAGACUGGCCGAGCUAGAAGCGCAGGGACUCGAGGGCGAUGAAACUACGCGGAGAGAGAGGGAGGCCGAUGAUGCGACUAUACUUCGCCUCAAGAUUUUCCGGUCUUUGGGCAUUGAUAUCGAGGCGGACGACGCCGGGAACUUCGGCAAGGCUGUUAUUCGCAACAGUCGCAAGGGAGACGUUCAUGUGGUCAAUAUGGACCCCAAGUUCUCGCGUUUCUUCUAUGCCAAUUACUUUUGGUCAACCAUACAGGGUUGA